CCUACUUUACGACCAAUGUCACUCACUUUACAUAGUGUUUUGAUUCUCUAUCUAUGAAUAGAGAUACGAUAUGAACUUUGAAAUCAUCAUAAAAAACUCAUCGUAAAAAAAAAAAACACUACACUAAGUUUUCUCUUAUAUAGAAACACUCGUUAUUCUAAUUUGCCACUAUAUCCAUUUUUUGCUUAUUUAUUUAUUUGAAUUUUUUUAAAUUAUAUUAAUCUCUGGAAAGAUUGCAAGAUUGGGUAUGAUUGAAUGUGGAACUGUGUAUCGCAACAACUCGGCGUGUUUCACGUUCAAGAUAUGUCCCAGUCCCACCUCUAUAAAUAAAACGACUAAGAGGUAGCCUCCCUAAACAACAUACCCAUAUUAUAAUAAUUCUCGUUUUAGAAAUUUUUUGUCUUCAAAUAGUGGAGAAAUGGAUUCAAGAUUCACCGAUUCCACAACUACCUUAAGGUUCUUCUCACCAAUUCAUCUUCACAUCAUAUAGUUGUAUAUGUGAAUUUGACAUAGAUGUAUUCAUAUUGGUAUGAUUGUAUACGUAUUUGUUUAUGUGAUGCAUGCAGAUGUAAUGGUAAGAGUGAAAAUGAGAGGAAAAACGGCGAUGAAGAAAGAAUUAGUAAAUACUCCUUUGUGAGUCCACUGUGUAUGCGUGGAGGAGAUGGAUACAAUAGUUACUCCAGCAAUUCUCUUCUUCAGAGAAGAGUGUUAUCAAAGGCUAAACCGGUAUUGGUUAAGAACACAAAGGACCUGAUGAUAAACUUAAACUUUCCUACAUACAUUAAAGUAGCUGAUUUGGGCUGUUCAUCAGGACAGAAUACGUUCUUGGCAAUGUCUGAAAUUAUCAAUACAAUCAAUGUGUUUUGUCAACAGAGGAACCAAAACCCACCAGAAAUAGAUUGUUGUCUAAAUGAUCUCCCUAGUAACGAUUUUAACACAACGUUCAAAUUCAUACAAUUCUUCAAUGGGAUGAACAUCACGAGCAAAGAAUCAUACUUUGUCUAUGGAGUCCCCGGUUCUUUCUACUCGAGGCUCUUCCCUCGGAGGAGUCUUCAUUUCGUACAUUCCUCUUAUGGUCUCCAUUGGCUCUCUAAGGUUCCUGAAGGGCUUGAGAAGAAUAAGAUGAGUGUGUACAUCACAAAUUCAAGUCCUCUAAGCACAUACAAGGCUUACUUAAAUCAAUUCCAAAGAGAUUUUGCGACAUUCCUUAAACUGCGUUCUGAAGAGAUGGUUUCUAAUGGACGCAUGGUUCUCACUUUCAUUGGUCGAAACACUAUUGAUAAUCCAUUGCAUAGAGAUUGUUGUCACUUUUGGACAUUAUUAUCCAAAUCUCUUCGUGACCUAGUCGCCGAGGGCCUUGUGAGUGCAUCAAAGGUAGAUUCAUUCUACUUACCGUUUUAUGACCCCAACGAAAAAGAAAUAAAGGAGAUGGUACAGAAAGAAGGUUCCUUUGAAAUCAGAGACUUGGAGACACAUGGAUAUGAUCUUGGCCAUUGUAACCAAGACGAGUCAAAGAGAAGUAAAUCAGGGCAAAAUGAAGCUAAUUACAUCAGAGCGGUGAGUGAACCACUGCUUGCGGCUCACUUUGGAGAUGCCAUUAUCAACAUAUUGUUUAACAAGUUUGCAUGUCAUGUGUCUCAACAUGUUAGUUGCAGGAACAAAACGACCGUCAGCAUAGUCGUUUCACUGACUAAGAAAAAAACUUUCCUCAUGUCCUAAAGUUUAAUCUUGGCGAUUAGUGUGGAGUAAUUCUUUUUUCAAGUUUAUGUUACAUAUUAAAAUUUGGAAAAGAACAUAGAGAUUGAUGCGAUUAUAUUACAAGUGGUCUAGUGAUUUGUAUUAGGGUUGUGGUACUGGCUAUUGGAAUUUCUCAAGUGGUACUAGCUAUCGGAAUUUGUAUUAGAAUUUUUUUCAUGUUUUUUUAAUUUAUUCACACAGUAUUUGAAAUCACUUUCCAAUAAAUCAUCCGUUAUUUAGU